CAAGAAUCCUUCAGAUCUUGGCCCCCUGUCUCCUUUUGGUUAAUUGAUCCAUCUCCACUUCCGACCAACCAAUAAGAAGCUCAGUAUUACCAUUUCACCAACGAAUUGACCCUUGAACCCUGCAGAAGCCUCCCCACAGGUUCCCACACGUCAUGCAAUGAAACCAUCAUCGAAUUCUUCAAUCAGCUCAUGCUGCAAGUAAGACCUACAAACAUAAUUCACUCCAGCAUCACCCUUCAAUGCUGACAAUUUGAAAUCUAAUCCGUACUCCGUUGUCUUACUUCUGAAAGAAACCCCUCAGUUCUACCAUACUUAACUGAAUAACUCUUACAUGCCCCCCAUAACCCGACUCCUCCAACUUCUCCGUCAAACACUACCUCGCAAUUCCCGAGCUUUCACAACCUCAUCACCCACCAUGGUCCAAGAAUAUAAACUCAAAGGCCUCACCGCGCUCGACCUCAAGCCGGGCGAGAAGCGAGAGGUAGAAGUAGAAGGCAUCGAAGAAGGAAAAGUGCUACUCCUCAAUUGUGGGGGAAAGACGACGGCGGUUGGUAGUAAAUGUACCCACUAUGGAGCUCCGUUGGUGAAAGGUGUUUUGACUGGUGAUGGAAGGAUUACCUGUCCUUGGCAUGGUGGUUAGUAUUCUCAAUCCCGAUUCUGUUCGAGUCCUUUUGGUUUGAGGGAGAUGUUGAUGUGAGAGAUAUGUAGCAUGUUUUAAAGCCUCAAACGGUGAUAUUGAGAAUGCACCCGCCAUCGAUUCCCUCCCUUCCUUCGAGCUUUCCGAGAAAAGCGGUGGGGUGUAUAUUAAUGGCGAGGAACAACACAUCAAAUCCUCGCGUCGAAAGCCCAAGAUCCGCAUUUCAGGAAAGGCCGGUGGGAACGAGAAGGUUGUUAUUGUAGGAGGAGGAAGCGGAGCUUUAGGAACUCUCGAAGCUUUGAGGGAGAAUGGUUUCAGUGGUUCCAUCACGAUGAUUGGAAGCGAGGGGUACCCACCAAUCGACCGCACCAAGCUAUCCAAAGCUCUAAUCGACGACCCAUCAAAGAUUGCUUUGAGAGAUGCAGCUUGGUUCAAAGAGGGAUCCGUCGACGUCGUCAACGACGAAGUCACAGAUGUAGAUUUCUCCAGCAAGAAAGUCUCCACUAAGAGCGGUUCUUCAUACGCAUACACAAAACUAGUCCUAGCAACCGGCGGGACACCAAGAAGCCUCCCCCUCCCCGGUUUCAAAGAACUAGAUAACAUCUUCCUCCUCCGCACCAUCCCCCAUGUCAAAUCCAUCCUCGCCGCCAUCGGCUCAAAGAAUAAGAAGAUAGUCAUCAUAGGAAGUUCAUUCAUCGGCAUGGAAGUCGCCAACGCUAUCGCUAAAGACAACACCGUAACAGUAGUCGGCAUGGAAUCCACGCCCCUUGAACGAAUAAUGGGUUCCUCCGUCGGCUCCAUCUUCCAAAAAUCACUCUCCAAAUCAGGCGUAACAUUCAAGAUGUCGGCUGGCGUCGAAAAAGCCACGCCCUCAUCCUCAGACCCAUCAAAAGUAGGGGCCAUCCUCCUCAAAGACGGGACCUCUCUCGAAGCCGACCUAGUCAUCCUAGGAACUGGCGUUGCACCCACAACCGAAUUCCUGAAAUCCAACAGUGCCGUCAACCUCCUCAAGGACGGCUCUCUAGAAACAAAUGAGAGUUUCCUCGUCAAAGGCCAUACAGACGUCUACGCAAUCGGAGACAUCGCAACAUACCCCUACCACGGACCCGGGGGCUCCGGCUCACUCACCCGAAUCGAGCACUGGAACGUCGCCCAAAACGCCGGACGCGCAGCAGCAUCACACAUUCUCGAUCCAUCUGCCUCGCCCAAGGCAUUCAUCCCGAUUUUCUGGUCGGCGUUGGGCAGUCAGUUGCGGUACUGUGGAAACACAGUCAAUGGAUGGGACGACCUCGUUCUCAAGGGAAGUCCGGAGGAAGGAAAGUUCGUCGCUUAUUACGCGAAGGGGGAGGAGGUUGUGGCGGUGGGUAGUAUGCAGGUUGAUCCUGUGGUGAUGCAGUGCUCGGAGCUUAUGAGGAGGGGCAAGAUGCCUAGUAAGAGUGAGAUUGAGAAGGGGGUUGAUGUUUUGGAGAUUGAGGUUCCGGCUGAGACUACGAUUUGAAUGGGAAGGUAGAUGAUGGAUGGGAAUGCAUCGGUUGGAGAAAAAUGAUACAACGUUGGUAAUGAAGUUAGUGAGCAGUCAUGAUUGUGAUUAUUGCGAUUUGGGGUUAUUUGGGAAUAUGAAUCAGUUCUUCGAUAUCUAUCGAGCAAUAAGUCUUCCGCCUAUAGUACUAGUCCUUCUGGUAAUCAUCACUUGUAGGUUUCUAUAGCCUUGGCGGUUAUUUUACUAGUGAAACGGUGAGUAGUCUUCGCGGAGAUAUAUGGAACUAGACAUUAUGUUAGAAUAAUUGUUAACUUCCGUGGUAAAUUCACUCUUGAAGGAGGCAAGGGUUUUAAGCAAAUACUACUAAGGGUACUCGAGUAAUAGAAGUUAGCAAG